AUGGCGGCCAUCCUCUACAACACAAUCACUCGCCAAAUAGCUCAACUGGAACAGGACUUGGAAAAACUCAACAAUGAUCAUUCUGCUGGCCAAAUAUCUGCAUCGCUAUCUGCACUAUCGAAAUCUCUGGAUGAAGUCGAGUCCAUUGCACGGAACGAGAUUACUACCUUGAAGAGAGAAAAGGCGCUAGUACGUGCAUCAAAAAUACGAGAAGACUAUACUGCCCUCCGCACUACAUUCGAGAAAUGGAAGGUCCAGUAUCAGGCAAAGCUACAAGAAGCACGCGACAAUGCCCGCUCGGAACUACUCAACCGAAAAUCAUCACAUGCGAAUGGAGCUCAUAGUACUGAUCCACUGGACCAAACCUCAGAAACAUCCGCCCUCCUGUCAUACCUAUCCCAAGAAUCCAACACCCUCUCCACAUCCUCCACAAACAUGGAUAGACUAAUCCAAAUGGGGUCAUCAGCCCUAUCUGAGUUGUAUGAUCAGCGCAGUAUGCUCAAAUCAACGCAAAGAACCUUAUUGGACGUGGCAAAUCGCCUGGGAGUGUCGAAUGACUUGAUUAGGAGGAUUGAGAGGAGGAGUAAAGAGGACGCGUGGAUUCUUUGCGGUGGUAUUGUGGUCACGGUGCUGGUUAUGUUACAAGAAGCAGACGAACAUGCACUUGCAGAUCCUUCAAUCGCCAAAUAUUCCUUAUCCGUCCUUCAAAUAUCAGCGUCCUUAUCAGGACAAUCAAAGUCUCCAGAUGAAAAAAAUGAGCUUCCGACUUUGAAGAUGGAGACGGCUCAAGCACGAUCUCGUGCUGUAGACGAGCAUCAAUCUCCUCAAACCUUCUUCAAACAGUCAUAUCCCUCCGUCUCAUCAUCUUUCGCAACCAUGCUUCAACAAGCAUGGACAAUCUAUGAUUACGUCUCUCUCCUUCACUCCCAGUGUAUCCGCACCUCAUCAAUUGCUGCCAAUUUUUUGCUAUACGCUGUUACAAUACUCGGGAGUAUCAAACGACCUGAUACGAAGUGA